AUGCGAAUAGGAAUAGGUAUUGAUUUGAGCACAUCGUAUUCUUGUGUCGGUGUGUUUCGACAUGGAAAAGUUGAAAUCAUUCCUAAUGAAGAAGGAAAUCGUAUAACACCAUCGUAUGUUGCAUUCACUGACGAGGAAAUAUUAAUUGGUGAUGCUGCUAAAAAUCAAGUAGGUAUGAAUCCAUAUAACACUGUGUUCAACACUCAACGUCUUAUUGGACGUAAAUACAGUGAUGAAACAGUUCAAGGUGAUAUGAAGAAUUGGCCAUUUAAAGUAAUUAAUGAAGUUGGAAAACCUAAAAUCCAAGUUCAAUAUAAACAUGAAACAAAAGUUUUUACACCUGAAGAAAUUUCUUCAUUGAUUUUAGCAAAAAUGAAAGAAAUAGCUGAAACUUAUCUUGGUCAAGAAGUAACCGGAGCUAUUAUAGCGGUUCCAGCUUAUUUUAACGAUGCACAACGUCAGGCAACAAAAGAUGCUGCUACUAUUGCUGGUCUUAUUGCUUUACGUAUAACAAAUGCGCCAACCUUAGCUGCUAUUGGUUAUGGUGUCAACAAAAAACUAUCAAGUGAACGAAGUGUUUUAAUUUUUGAUUUAGGUGGUGGUACCUUUAAUGUUUCAAUUCUAACAAUUGAGGAAGGAAUUUAUGAAGUUAAAUCAACAGCUGGUGAUACGCAUUUGGGUGGUGAAGAUUUUGAUGAUAGAAUGGUUCAACAUUUCAUUCAAGAAUUUAAAAUAAAACAUGGCCAAGAUUUAAAUGAAAAUAAACCUGCUGUUAGACGAUUGCGUACUUCUUGUGAAUGUGCUAAACGUACAUUAUCAACAUCAAGACAAGCGUCUAUUGAAAUCGAUUCAUUACAUCAAGGUAUUGAUUUUUAUUCCACCAUAACGCGUGAACGUUUCGAAGAAAUCAAUACUGAUCUAUUCUGCUCAACACUGAAACCUGUUGAAAAAGCUUUGCGUGAUGCUAAAAUGGAUAAAGCAUCAAUCCACGAAAUAAUUUUUGUUGGAGGCUCAACACGUAUUGAAAAAGUACAAAAACUUGUGCAAAAUUUCUUUGAUGGUAAAGAACUUAAUAAGUCAAUUAAUCCAGAUGAAGCUGUUACAUAUGGUGCUGCUAUUCAAGCUGCUAUCCUUACUAAUGAUAAAUCUGAAAUGAUUCCACAUGUACUUUGGUUUGAUGUCGCACCGAUUUCAUUGGGUAUUGAAACUGCUGGUGGUGUUAUGACAGCAUUAAUUAAACGUAAUACAAUAAUUCCAACAAAAAUAUCCCAAGAAUUCACAACAUCUAUAGAUAAUCAAUCGGCUAUAUCAAUUGCAGUUUAUGAAGGUGAACGCUCAAUGGCAAGAGAUAAUCAUUUAUUAGGAGAAUUCGAAUUAUCAAAUAUUCCAGCAGCACCCCAUGGUGUACCACAAAUUGAAGUUAUAUUUGACAUUGAUGCAAAUAGUAUAUUAAAUGUAUCAGUUAUGGAUAAAAGUUCAGGAAAAGAAAAGAAAAUUACAAUUACAAAUGAUAAAGAACGUUUAUCAAGAGAUCAAAUUGAACGUAUGAUUUCUGAUGCUGAAAAAUAUAAAAAAGAUAAUGAAAUACGAUGUGAACGUAUUACUGCUAAGAAUUCACUUGAAUCUUAUUGUUUUGAUAUGAAAACAAACAUUAUUGACAACAAAAUGACAAGUAAGUUUGGUGAUUAUAACAAGAGGAAAAUGCUUGAUGCCAUCGAAGACAUGUUGGAAUGGUUGAAAGCAAAUCAACUUGCUGCAAAGGAACAAUUGGAAGCAAAAUUAAAAGAAAUUGAACAAAUAUGUACAUUGAUGUCGGCGAAAUUCCGUUUAGAUGAACAUGAUGCUGAAGAAAAUUCAGAACGAUCUGCCAGUCAUGCAAUGGCCAAAAUUAUGUGCUCCAACGAUCAUACAGUGGAGGCUGAACUAUGGUGCAUGAAUUGUGAACAAAGCUACUGUUCAAAAUGUUUUGAACAAGUGCAUGAGUUGCCUGCUUUAAAGAAGAAAAAUCAUGAAUCAAUACCAAUACAUCAUAAACCAUUAGGGUUUGUUCAGUGUGAAGAACAUCAUCGCCAAAAGCUUGAAUUUCGGUGUAAUAACUGUCAGAAACUUGUUUGCAAUAGAUGCGUAAUUCUUAAGCAUAGAGAUAGUAGUCUUCAUGAAAUCGUGGAAAUAGACGAUGUAGCAUUACAUAAAACACAUUUGUUAGAAACUUUAUGUAAAAACAUUCAAUCAUCUCUAAACGAAUGUGCAAAACCGUCUACUGACAAUUCAGAAGAUAGUAUACAAACGGUUACAAGAACCUUUGAGUCCAUUCAUACAAUGAUAACCAAUCGCGAAAAGGAAUUCGUACGGAAAAUACUUGAAAUUCAAAUAAAAACCAAGAAAUUAGAUGAUCAACGCACGAUUGAAAUGGCUAACAUACAAGAAUUAUUAAACAAGCAUUGCAAAGAACUUAAAGAUAUGACGUCAAAAAAUGACCCCACGAUACUCUUAAAAGUACAUGAAGAACUAACACAACAUUUAACAAAACUUAUGGAGAGAAUAAAAGGAGUGAAGGUCCCGAUUCAAACUAGAUAUCAAAUUAAAGGAAUCGACGAGCUAGAAGAAAAAAUCAGCAAUGUCUUUCAAACAAUUCGUGCUAUUGCACAGGAUGACGGUAUAUCCUGA